UCUCUGUCACUUCUCUCCGUGGUCGCCCCCUUAAACCCUCCUCUCUCUCGCGAGGGGUGUUCCCUCCCAAGCCGCUUCUCUCCAAAUUGCUAGGGUUUCGAUUCCGAACUGUUCCAGAACUCUAGGAUUUCGCCGUCGCGACCGCGUCCAUGGCGCCCGUAUUGAGCCGGAGCCCGGGCACCUCCUCUGUCUCGGCCUUCGGUUUCCCUUCUUCCCCCUUGGUCUCCAAUCCUCCGAGAGCUGUGUCGUUUAGAAGUUCGGUUUUGCCUCAAUCCCUGCUUGCAAGGAAGGGGUUUCCUUCAGCUGGCUUGAGAUGGAAACUGGAGAAGGACAGCCGGAUGGUGGUCCGGUGUGAGGCGGCUGUUGCGGAUAAGGAAGCGGAGGAGGCUUCUGGCGAGAAGUUUGAGUACCAGGCCGAGGUCAGCCGCCUAUUGGAUUUGAUAGUUCAUAGUUUGUACAGCCACAAAGAAGUGUUUCUUCGCGAGCUUGUAAGUAAUGCAAGUGAUGCACUGGAUAAGCUGAGAUUUUUAAGUGUGACUGAUCCUUCUUUACUUGGUGAUGGUGGUGAGUUGGAGAUACGCAUUAAGCCCGAUCCAGACAAUGGGACAAUUACAAUCAGUGAUACUGGCAUUGGAAUGACCAAAGAAGAGCUUAUCGAUUGUCUUGGGACGAUUGCGCAGAGUGGAACUUCCAACUUCUUAAAGGCUCUCAAGGAGAACAAGGAUGUUGGGGCAGACAAUGGUUUAAUUGGUCAAUUUGGUGUUGGAUUCUAUUCAGCUUUCCUGGUUGCAGACAAGGUUGUUGUAUCAACAAAGAACCCUAGGUCAGAUAAGCAGUAUGUCUGGGAAGCAGUGGCUGACAGUAGCUCAUAUGUGAUACGAGAAGAGACCGAUCCUGAGAAGUUACUAAAGCGCGGAACACAAGUUACCCUCCAUCUAAGACCAGAUGAUAAGUUUGAGUUCGCAGAGCCCACGAAGAUCCAGGGAUUAGUUAAGAACUACUCACAGUUUGUGUCCUUCCCCAUAUACACUUGGCUGGAGAAAUCAAGAACUGUAGAGGUGGAAGAAGAGGAACCUCCAAAAGAGGGUGAAGAAGAAAAACCAGAGGGUGAAAAGAAGAGCAAGAAGAAAACUGUUACUGAGAAGUAUUGGGACUGGGAAUUGGCAAAUGAAACAAAGCCUAUAUGGAUGCGAAAUCCAAAAGAAGUUCAGAAAGAUGAAUACAAUGAAUUCUAUAAGAAGACAUUCAAUGAGUUCUUGGAUCCUCUUGCACACACUCACUUCACCACAGAGGGGGAGGUGGAAUUCAGGAGUGUUCUUUACAUACCAGGAAUGGCGCCUCUUAACAAUGAAGACAUAAUAAAUCCUAAGACAAAGAAUAUUCGCUUAUAUGUCAAACGUGUAUUUAUUUCAGAUGAUUUUGAUGGUGAACUGUUCCCUCGAUACUUGAGCUUUGUGAAGGGUGUAGUGGAUUCGAAUGAUCUUCCUCUCAACGUUUCUCGCGAAAUUCUUCAAGAAAGUCGAAUUGUGAGAAUUAUGCGGAAAAGGCUUGUGAGAAAAACAUUUGAUAUGAUCCAAGAAAUAUCUGAAAGUGAAAACAAGGAGGAUUACAAGAAGUUCUGGGAGAAUUUUGGAAAGCUUAUCAAACUUGGAUGUAUUGAGGACUCAGGAAAUCACAAGCGCAUUGCUCCUUUGUUGCGCUUCUAUUCUUCUAAAAAUGAGGAAGAUAUGAUAAGCCUUGAUCAGUAUGUUGAGAACAUGCCUGAGAACCAGAAGGCUAUCUAUUACUUGGCCGCAGACAGUUUGAAAAGUGCGAAAACUGCUCCAUUUUUAGAGAAGCUAGUCGAGAAAGAUAUUGAAGUUCUAUAUCUGGUAGAGCCAAUUGAUGAGGUUGGUAUUCAGAACCUGCAGACCUACAAAGAGAAAAAGUUUGUCGAUAUCAGUAAGGAAGAUCUAGAAUUGGGUGAUGAGGAUGACGUGAAAGAAAGAGAAAACAAACAGGAGUACAAUCUUUUAUGUGACUGGAUAAAGCAACAGCUAGGUGAUAAGGUUGCUAAAGUCCAAGUCUCAAAGCGGCUCAGUUCUUCACCAUGUGUUCUUGUUUCUGGCAAAUUUGGAUGGUCUGCAAACAUGGAACGGCUCAUGAAAGCUCAAACUCUUGGUGACACAUCAAGCUUAGAAUUCAUGAGAGGAAGAAGAAUCUUAGAAAUCAAUCCAGAUCAUCCGAUCAUCAAAGACUUGAACGCUGCCUGCAAGAAUGACCCAAGCAGUGAUGAAGCUAAGAGAGCCAUUGAUUUAUUGUAUGAUACUGCCUUAAUCUCCAGUGGAUACACUCCCGACAGCCCAGCUGAGUUGGGGGGAAAGAUUUAUGAGAUGAUGGCAAUUGCCCUUGGUGGAAGAUGGGGUAGACUGGAAUCUGAAGCAGCAACAGAAGAAGCUGAUGCCGAAGCAAGUGCUGAAUCAGGAUCUGGUGAAAAUACUGAGGCAGAGGUGGUUGAACCUUCGGAGGUGCGGACUGAGGGAGAUCCAUGGAAGGAUUGAUUAUUUUUCCAUAGGGUAAUCAUCUUGUGGUAUCAACUUUUUACAAAUGUGUGGGGCAGAGGGAAUUUUGUUGCCCGAAGUCUAGGUCAUUGAGUUGAAAUGCGACUGUACACAAGAACCUGCUGGCACUCUCAUUGGUCUUUGCUCUUCUAAUUUUGAAGGCUUUUGUAUGUUAAUAGUAAUUGUCAUUUAUAAACAGUAAGAAAAAGAUGAAGAGAAGUUACUUAUGUCAGUUCUGAAA